AUGACAGACAACGGACUCACAGAUGAGGCUGUGUCCGCAGCGUGCAAAGAAGGGGACCCUAUCACCCAGGUGAGUGUCACGCGGAUGGAGCGCAAAAUAGAAUAUGUAGGCUAGCAUUAAUGUAUCACUUAUUCACAGUACGCCUAUUUUAUGUGAUUGACAGUCUGUCUCAGCAAACCUGUUGUUGAGCAAGAGUCCCCCUCAGCGAUGUUAGUUGUAGGCUAUAUAGCCAAGCCCUAUGCUCCUUUAGCAAAUGCCAUAGUAGUUCUGUAAUGUGUUGCCUCUAGUUUGAGUUCUAACUUAUCUUCUAGAGUUGUAAACUGAGAACAUAGCUGAGAGGACAGGGGUCUCCCGAGUGGCGCAGUGGUCUAAGGCUCUGUCGUAGCCGGCCGCGACCGGGAGACCCAUGGGGCGGCGCACAAUUGGCCCAGGGUAGGGGAGGGAAUGGCCGGCAGGGAUGUAGCUCAGUUGGUAGGGCAUAAUGUAUGCACUAACUGUAAGUCGCUCUGGAUAAGAGCGUCUGCUAAAUGACAAAAUUCUAAAUGUAAAAUGGGUCAAGACAUAUUUCGCAAUUGACAACUCGCCCGAUACUCCCCCUUACACACUCUCUCUGUCUCCACCUGUCUUUCUAUCACUCUCCGUCGCCCUCUCUCUCUCCCCAUGUCUCUCUUUCGCCCGUCUCUCUGUCUCCCCCUGUCUCUCUCUCUCCCCCCUGUCCCUCUCUCUGUCUCUCUUUCGCCCGUCUCCCUUUCUCUGUCUCCCCCUGUCUCUCUCUCUCCCCAUGUCUCUCCUCAGGACUACAUGAUGCAGCAGACCAUGCUGAGGGUAAAAGACCCUCUCAAGUCUUUAGACUUCUACACCCGCAUCAUGGGCAUGACGUGAGUCCCACACUGCUCUCUCACACACACAAAGGGGCUUCAGGCCUAGUACCCUACCCCUCUAGAAGAUGUCUCACUCUGUUUAACAAAAAAUAGUUAUUCAUAAAUGUUUAUGACUAUUACUGCUGACCCCUUUAAAAAGACACUCUUGAUUCCUGCAUGUGCUUCUCCCUGUGUGGUUAUUGGGGCCCCUAUAUAUUUUAGCUCCGGGCUUUAUAUGUAGAGUGAUUGGCUUAAUCUCCUGGGUGCUUCAGAGUUUGGAUAAAUUAACCUCUGAUUUUGUGUGUGAUGUAGUGACUGUUUCAUCGAUCUUUCGGGGGAUUUAUUCUCUAUCUUCACCUCCAGUUGUCCCACCAGUUGAACCAGGGGUGUAUUCAUUACGUCUUGCAUCGGAAACCAUUUACCGUUUUUGCAAAUGGAACGAUACGAGGAAGGACCUACCUGAAUUUGUCGAAUAGAAAGUUAAAUUUUCGUUGCAAAACGUUUUCCGUUUGGAGUAAAUGGUUUCUGUUGCUAAACGUUUUGCAACAGAAUCGGCAUAAUGAAUACACCCCAAUUGUGAUUCCUAUUUGCCUCAGGUUGCUGCAGAAGAUAGACUUCCCAUCAAUGCUCUUCACACUCUACUUCCUGGGUUAUGAGGAAAAGAAGGAGAUCCCUGCAGAUGUAAAGGAGAGGACAGCAUGGACUUUCUCUCGACGAGCCACCAUCGAACUCACACAGUAGGCAACCCACUUAAAACCUCAGCCAGGGGUCUCCAACAGGUUGAUGAAAGGAUCCUGUAACAUCUAAUCCAGGGGUCUCCAACAGGUUGAUGAGAUGAUCAUGUAACAACUAAUCCAGGGGUCUCCAACAGGUUGAUGAGAUGAUCAUGUAACAACUAAUCCAGGGGUCUCCAACAGGUCGAUGAGAUGAUCCGGUAACAUCUAACCAGGGGUCUCUAACAGGUCGAUGGCAAGCUAUAAGUAGUUUGUGUGCUGUCAAUGAGUAGCUCGCAAGUUGAUACUGAGAAAUAAUCAGUAGCCUAAUAGUACAUGAUUAAAUCUAAUAAAUAAUUGUUCUAAUCAAACCACAGGUUCUAUGCCCAUUUAUAGGGAACAGUCGAAGGCAGAUAUAACAAAUAAAAAAGUAUAGAUGAUUCAAGUUCACGUUUGCUUGUUUGAAACAGGAUUACUGUCAAAUACAUGACUUCUACUGGAUAGAUAGCCCUAACACUUGUUGAAGUUGGCCUACAACUGUGCUUUCAGAGACUUGACCGAGUUCACAUAAACGGACCAAAACACACGGAAUACUGAAAACAACUGAAAACAAAAUACAUUACUGCGUUGGCAAAACUUAUAUAAAUAAAAUUAUCAAACGUACUGUAUAUAAAUAAAAACUGAUAUAGGGAAAUAAACAAACCUUCUCAUUACACCAUACCCCAAACAUUUCUCAAGGCUGCAUGUUCCUUAAGAUGGUUGCACUUACAAAGACUUGCACAGCAACAACACAGCAGAGUCUACACUGGACCUUCAGGACAAAGCCAGAGAGGAAGAGGCGAAGCGAGAGGGUUUACUCCGCCCAAAGUUUGACAAUGAAAAUAAAAGACCACGAAGUGAGGAAUUUUUGUAUGGUGACCAAUGAGAGAGUGUCGAAUUUGGUCAACAAAACAUUUAAUUGCUAAUUUGCUACCUGAGGCUUAUUUGAUCUAAUAAAAGUUUCGUAAUUGUUAGGUUGUUAUGAAUGUACUGAUAUAAGUGGAGGCACGUGGCAUCUCGGCAACUUUGAAAAAGAAAAGUACUUUAUAUCGGAGUUGUACCUGUUGUUUACACGAAUAUCUGCCCUCUCAUUGGCUAGAAUCAGAGGUGUUAUGCCCAUAGAGGGCACAGGGUCACGUGUCCCCUCAGAUUUGUCCUGUUUAAAUAUUAUAUAAAAAUAAAUGUUUGUUUUUUCUCUGUAAUACUACUAGCCACUUAGCAAUUGUAUGAAGUUGGUUUUAGCCCAGAUAGGUUCCCAACCUCCCAACUUCAUAACAAGCUACCAAGAAGCCAUUUCAGGCUAUCAGUCAAGUUAGAGUAGCUAGCUGACAUGCCUGCUGGCAAGGUUGGUUGACUUUAGAAAAGCAAGCAAUAACUAAAUGUACUAAAUAAGACUCACAUUCCUUUCAAUAUUUUACCCAGACUUUAGCAGAGAGUCAGGAGGAUACAGGUCCAUUGUUUAACCACCAGUCAGGAGGAUACAGGCAGCUUAAGAGGUAUGCUUAGAUAUGCAGAAAAAAUACAUAUUUUUUACAUAGAUUUAAGCAUAAUGAUUAUGGCUCGACAUUGCAGGAAAAAGCUGUUUAAGGUGUUUGGAAAAUGCAAAAUUCUCCAACUUAAUGGCCGAGGGCCUAGCCCCUCUCCAGACCACCCCCAGCAAUCCUCACAUACUUUGUCCCCACUCAGAUUUUGGGGGUGAAUGACGGCCCUGGCUAGAAUGGUCCCACCCUAUCUAGCCUCCUCCAGCCUGCCGUCCAUCUUUGAGGACAUGUAUUGUUAGAGCGGUCACUCGACUAUCUAGUCAGUAUAAUAGAACAUCUUGACAAAGCUCUCAUCUGAGCAGGUUUAAGAAGGGGUGUUUUUAUAGAGUUUGCCAGCUUGUAGUCCUAAAACCCAGAAAUAAGUUACCUCUGGUUCGUUCAGCCAUCCCUAUGGGAAAAAUGAAUGGGGAUAGAAUAAGCUUUUGGAAUAAAUGCAAAAAAUGAGGUCUGAGGUUAACACAGGCUUAGGAGAUCUUAUACGUUUUCUUCCAUGAGAUAAUGAGAUAAUGAACAUGAAUCCCAUAAGUUAACAUUACCUUUAUGAAUUAUGAUGCCUUUAUGGGAUUCAUGUGUUUUUUAUUAUUACAUAAAUUCUUCAAAAUUUACAAAAAAUGACAUUAGUUGAUGAAGAUUAUCUCAUAGAACAAAACGUAUAACAUCUCCACAGACCUUAUUUUCUGCAUUUAUCCAAAAACCCUCCAAAAACUCCAUUCAUUUUACUCAUAGGCUUUGUCCAACGAACCAUGGCGGAGUUGGUGCCUACAAAAAGACGCCAUUACUAUUUCUCUCUAUACCUGUUUGAUGUUCUUCACUAAUUACUUUCUCUUCGGAAACAUGGACCGAAACUAUGGUUCCUACCCUGUCACAAUACCAUGAUGGUGAAGAUGAUAUACUGUAUUUCUCACCUGACCUUUCUCUCUUCUCUGUUCUAUUUAAGCAACUGGGGCUCUGAGUCAGAUGAAAAAUUGUCUCUUCACAACGGAAACUCUGAACCAAGGGGUUUUGGUGAGAAAAUGAUAUUAUCUUUUUAAUUCAAAAUUUGAAAGUAGUACAGCCAUUGUGUUGUUCAACCAUGAGGCAAUUCCACGUAUUUAAAUUGCCCCACUCCACUUUCUCUAUCAUACAGGGCACAUUGGCAUUGCUGUACCUGAUGUUUAUGCAGCCUGCAAAGUAUUUGAAGAACAAGGAGUAACAUUUGUUAAGAAACCAGAUGAUGGUAUAUUUUUUACUCUUCUUUUCCCUCUCACACAAUUAUUUUGUGUUUAUGUUUAGGGUCUCUGUGAAAAACACAUUUGUGUAUAGAGUAUAUUACAGUUGACUAUUAAUUUGUAUUUUCUCAAUUUGUAAAUGCAACAUUCUAUUUUAUUUUUCCACACAGGUAAAAUGAAGGGAUUGGCCUUCAUACAGGAUCCUGAUGGAUACUGGAUUGAGAUUUUGAGCCCAAACAACAUGUUCUCCUUAACAUCAUAGGGAGGCAAACUGAGCCAGCACAAACUGACUGGGUUUGGGAAAAGGAUGUAAUUAAAAAAUAAGAGCGAAAUUGAAUGAGGUAACAAAGGGGGUUACGUGAGGAAAUUAAGAAGUGAAGAUGAAGUGUUUGCUUACGAUUGGAAUCACAUACAGGUUCCCGCUGUACUGUGGACACCCAAGACAAAGGAUGGAAUAGCCGUAAUAUACAGAGACAACACUGUUGGAGCUAGGAACACAAGCAUUUCGCUACACCCGCAAUAACAUCUGGUAAAAA